GGGAGGGGAGGGGAGGGCGAGGAGGGGGAGGAGGAGGCAGUAGGAGGAGGAGGAAGAAACGCAAUCAGGCCGGGCGAAAAUACUUUUGCUCCGUGGCCCUGCCUGCCAACGCUCCCAACGCUCUCUGUGCCCCUGCCUGGGUCUGGGUAUUCUUUCCCCUCUGCCUGCCUGCCUGCCUGCCUAUCUGUCUCUCUGUCUGUGUCUGUCUCCCUCUCCCUCUCCCUCUCUCUCUCUCUGUGUGCCCCAUCUCGCUUUUUCUCUCGUCGUUGUCGUCGUUGUUGAGGACGUGCCUUGUGGGUGUCCUCCAGGCGCACAUGGUGUAUGAUUAUUAGGAGAACUAUUCCACUAUUCUGUUAGCCUGGUUUGUCGAUCGCUCGAUCGAAUGAUCUCUCCCUCCUCGCGCUCCCGCUGCGUAUCCAACGAUCCCAGGUGUUGGACCCUGUGACUGGUUGGGUCGGGGCGGGUUGGGUCGCUCUGCAAGAAGGGGAGGAGGCUGAAGAGGAAGGGACGAAGGGGCGAAGGGACGAAGGCUGCGAGCACGGGGAAGGGUGGCAGAGUGGGAGCGAGCGAGGGAGGGAGGCAGGGUGGGAGGGAGGGAGGGUGGUAGGGAGAGGGGGAGUGAAAAGAAGCGGGAAGAAGUUGGGCGAUAAUAAAUGGCUGCUGUUAAUGGCACCGGCUUCUCCACCAGUUUCUGCGCUCAUUGCGAAAGAGACAUUCCGUCAUCUAAUUAUGAUCUCCAUUCUGCACAUUGCAAACGCAAUCUGGAGCGAUGUCGUGAAUGCCAAGAAAUGGUACCUAGGAUGCGUGCUGAUGAACAUUAUAACGAGUAUCACGCUCCGGCAGUAUGUCGAUUAUGCGGCACGAAAGUAAGUCGAGAACAUUUGUCAGUCCAUGAGCAGGAGAAUUGUCCAAGGCGCAUGGUUGAGUGUCAAUAUUGCGACUUCCCCGUAGAGGCUGCUUAUUUAUCAGCCCACUCGGACGUUUGUGGUAGUCGGACGGAAAUGUGCAUUCCUUGUGGUAAAUAUGUAAGGCUAAGAGAGAAAAAUGUUCAUGACGUUCAGUUUCAUGGAGAAAGUGGUGAGGCCGGCAUAUCCACAAGAGAAUACAACUUACCUCGGAGUAGCGGCAGUUCUGCAGUUCCUGCCGACGUGUCACAUCGGGCAUUACCUGGCUCUAGAGGACCCCCACCAGUGGCAUCUAGGCAUCGUUUGAUGUUCACGUUUGCAAUCACAGGUGUUGCUAUUUUGAUCGGUUUCUUCAAACUACGAUCCCAAUAUGGACGAAAAGGGCGAUGAGAUUAUCCAACAACGAGGACGAGCGGCCAUGAUUCAGCCAGUGGGACCAAUCACUCGCUUCUCUCGGGGCGUCAGCCUUGCGAGAAACUUAGGCAAAAGGCAGCGCAUCACCAUCACUUUCGUUGGGUUUGACAAUGAUGUCGCUCACUUCAACCUCACCUUCCACGUGAAAAGUUACAGAGGCCUAGCUUCGAUAGGUUGGAUCUGGCUGAUGGUCAAAUUGUGGACUCGCAAGUGAAUUUUUAUAAAGGGAGUUACAUAAACCCACUCUUCGUCGAGCCCUGCUUCGGCCAGAGACUGAGAGGGUGCUUCCCUCCCACCAUUCUGUCGUUUCAGAUUACUUAAAUUGGCAGGAACUGCCGCGACAUACAAACACAAACACGCGCAUAAAAUGUUUUUGUGAAAGUUCUACCAACAGGAACCGAGGGGCUGAAGCUGGAGAGCGUAUCUUGGAGGGGCUGAAGCUGGAGAGCUGGCUGGUUAUCUUGAGCAGCUGAGAGAAAGAAAUUUGAAAUAGGAAGUUGAGGGAUAACAAACCCAGCCGCCAAGGCACGGGAGGAUCUGGUCUGUUGGAAAAUCUGACAGGCGAUAGAUCGAGCGAUCAACUGGACAUGUGAAACUUUCACCAGCUCUAUCUAUCGAUAACGAGAGAAAUGUCACAGUUCUGGAUGAUCAUGUGAAACGGGAAGACAAAUUUGUACUUCAUGUUACAAUAAAUCAAUUUUGGUCAAUGUUAUCUCCUCCUUUGCAAUCACUCAUCGGAACAUCAGUUCACACCCGGGUCCCCCUCCGGCGCCGUCUAGGCGAAGAUCCUCCAUUUCUUCCUUUGCACGGUACGACUGCAAACUCUCUCAGGAUCUCUAAAAAUAUCCCAACUGAUCAAGACGAUCGGUGCUGUACGGGAUUGAUGGCUAACAGGUCUCUCCGCCCUUGACGUGCCCAGAAGAAUCUCUUACCUGGUAUCGACUCAUCGGUGACAUCUAUGACUCGGAAAGGCUGUGAAGUAGGAGCUUAAGUUGUUUGACCGGUAAGUAGGCUAGGAAUCUGCAACCUUUGAUUUGGGAAGAAGCGAGGAGUGAGACUAACUGCAGCAUCAGCACCAAUGAAGAGGCAAGAAGCAAGCACCUGUGACCUGUUCAGCAAGCUACUGUAAGUAGCUUCCAACGGACCGAGUGGUACGUAUUCCAAAGGGCAAGCAAGGCAGAUGAAAUUCGUACCUCGCACCCGCGCAUAUACCCAAGCCCGCUGAUUCGUAUUGGGAACUGACGGUCAGAGGUCAGCUUUCUGACGUGGAUGGAUGCAAGUGGAAUUCUACAGUUCAUCACUUCUUCCCGUUGCAGUCAGAGACUUUCGGAGAUUUCAUUGAUAUUCUCGAACUUUUUGUUGCCUUGGUCUACCUUCGUCCAUCGGUUUCCAAGUACCCUUUCAUUCACCACCGAAUAGCUAGACACUUGGCCUCGUUCAUGGACAGUUACUGCUGAUCAUCACAAGCAGACUCCAGACACGGACUUGAAAAGCUUGACUCUUAUUGUGACACAGAGAGAGAAAGAGUGAAGUCAAAUUCUGUACGAAUCCGCUUUAUUCAAAGCUGCACAAUUAUUCUGUACACACCUAUUAUGAUGGGCCAUUUCUAUUCUGAUAUGACAGUUUUGGGAGCAGGUGAACAAAAGUUCAGUCAGCUAAUUCAUUAACUCCUUGCUGCUUCACCGACUCUGGACGUAAUGUUUCACUUUUUUAUUAUCUGUUCUGAUAUGUGCUGAACAUGGGAUGUGCACAACCUUGAACAACACUAUGACUCGUCUUUGCUACAUGAUCACAGCCCGGAGACAGACCCAGUUAACUGGCCUUGCAGCAUGUACUCUUUUUCGUUUGCCACUUUGGCUUGUGGUGGGGGUUUCCACUCGAGCCCCAGAAGACUCCCCCGCAGAAGGUUUGUUUGAACCUGGCAGUAUCAUUACUCCUUGUAGUGUAGUGUAUUGAGGUGUAGUGAAGAGAAAUCCGACUACUACUUAAGACUAGGCACCUUGGCAACAGGGGAAUUAAAACUUGAUUCC